GUUUAAAUCUUUCUGCUGAUCAUAUAAAUUGUGUUUUGUAUCGAACAUAUACAGAUUAUCGGAUUAUAAAUGGAACAGCUCCUGAACAAAUUUUGGAACAAGAUAUAUUUAAUGCAUCACUCAAAACAGCAUUUUUUAUCCCGGGUCAUCCCACACCAAUGGACAGUUCACAUCUUCGUCCUCUUUUAGAAUCUUACAUCAGAUCUAAACGUUAUAAUAUUAUUCAGUUGUCUCAUUAUUAUUAUACGACAGACAAGUCUCCUGGUGUGUAUGGUGAAGUGAUGUUCUGGCUUGGUGAACUUUUUGGUUCUGUCAUUUCCAAAUUAAUAAAGAUUGGAUUACCCCUGCAAAGUAUAGAACUUAUAGGACAUUCAUAUGGAGGAUGUGUUGCAUUUCUAACAGCGAAGAAUACGUUUCCAAAGUUACCAUUAUUAGUUGGCUUAGAUCCAUCUCCUUGGGUACAUUUUCAAAAAGGAUACGCAGAUUACACAAUUGCAUUACACACCAAUAUGGGAGCAUGGGGUACUCGGUUUUAUAAAGAAUCAGAUUCAGAUUUAGUGGCAAAUGGUGGAACAUUACAACCAAAAUGCCCGAGUGGUUAUGUAUUUGAAAUUGACUCGGAAGAUGAAAUUGUUAAAUUAAAUCAAUGUUGUCACAAGGCUGCACUUGACUAUUGGGGUUCAAUGAUAGAAAAUCCAGGAUUAUUUUAUGGUGUGAAAUGUGAUGAAACGGAUUGCAAUUACCACAAUGUUCAGUUGCUUGGUCCAAAUUUAAGGACACCAGGAAUAUUUCACUUUAAAACUAGUAAAUAUUCGCCAUUUGGACUGGGAAUGGAAGGUAUUAAAAAUAUUACCCCAAUUGACAUUCAUUUAUUGAAUGCGUAUCAUGAUUAUAUGUUGCAAUUUAAAUAUGUUCAAAAUGCCUACAUAAAAUAUUUCUCAGAUACAUAUGAAUAUUAUGUCAAUGGUGGCUUUAAGUCAAAAACUGUAAAUAAUGCAUUUUUUCUUUCUAAUGCUCAGUUACAAAUGAUACAACAUGGUGAUUAAACUAACAAAAUUUUAAAUUGUACGGAAGGCUGAAUGUCUCACUGUCAGUCUCAAUGUAUGAGAAAGUGGCGCUCCCUAGAAUAUUUUUUAAAUGUGUACUAUCCACAAA